AGUUCACAAGUAGAUUUGAAUUUGAACGGGCUCAAAAUCUAAAUAGAUACUGACUUCGGCGUGUUUGCGAGCUCUGUUAAAUAAUAUAGUGGGUGUUUUACAGUUUGUGUGACACUCACAAAUUAUGAAAUUUUGGAUAGCUGCGCUUUUUUUAUGCAACUCUGGCUUCUGGUCGUGUAAAUCACAAAGUUAUUCAGAAUUAGAAGAAGCUCGUAGAAAUGGGGAACUUAGAAAAGCUUGUUCAAAACACGGACAUCCCGUACAACCCGAACGCAGAGUUAAUUCCACCGCCAGGUUGAUAGAAUUACGAAAAAUAAUGGAUUCGGAACUAAUUUUAGCCACUACUGCAGUUCAGGCUUAUUUAAUUACUUCGAGCGAUGAGCAUCAGAGUACAGAUGUAGACGAAUAUGAUAAACGUUGGCAGUACAUAUCUGGUUUCAGUGGAAGUUACGCAAAUAUAAUAGUGACCCAAAAAAAAGCAGCGUUAUGGACAGAUGGUCGAUUCCACCUUCAAGCAGACGAACAAAUAGAUUGUAACUGGCUGCUUUUUCGUGAGGGUCAUCGACAUAUACCUACUAUGUCUGAGUGGCUGAAAAAUGAGUUUCCGAAUGCAACCAGACUAGGUCUUGAUCCAAAAUUGGUCUCUCAACACAUGUGGAAUUACAUUGGACAUGAACUGAAAGAAACAAAAAUAGAGUUAGUCGCGUUAAAUGUCAGUUUAAUCGAUGUUAUUUGGCCCAGCAAUGAAAGACAACAAAGAAGAUACAAAGAAGCUUUUCUGUUGGAUGAAGAGUAUACAGGUAAAAAUUACUAUACGAAGAUUAAUGAAACUAGAACAGAACUUUUGAAUCAUGGAGCGGAUGCUAUGGUGGUAACGGCGUUGGAUGAAAUUGCUUGGUUAUUGAAUAUCAGAGGGCGAGAUGUUCCUAAUUCUCCUUAUGUUAGAAGUUACGUGAUACUAGAUAUGGAACAUAUUUAUUUAUACGUGAAUAACAGUCAAAUACCUCAGACAGUUAGAAACCAACUUCAUUACGAUUCUAAAAUUCAUAGAAGCGACACUGUUAUUUUAAAAGACUAUGAUCAAAUAUGGUCUGAUUUGGGAACACUAUCUCAAUUGUACAAGAAAAUUCUGAUUCCUUCUCAUUGUGUAUACAACUAUGGAGCCAGUCAUGCUAUUUAUCAACAUAUAUUCGAAGACAGAAGAAUGCUCAGACAAUCACCUAUAAUUUAUUUAAAAGCUAUUAAAAAUGAGGUUGAAAUUAAAUGGAUGCUCCAAACGAAUAUAAUUGAUGCGGCUGCCGUUUGCGACUGUUUCGCAUAUAUUAACAAAAAGGUACGAAGAGGUGAACGAUUAUUUGAAAGUCAUCUCGUUACUUAUUUAAAUCAAGACAGAUAUACGCAGAACCAUAGUUUGGGAAAUAGUUUCACAACAAGAGUUGGAUUUGCCUCUAAUGGCGCCUUUCCAAAAUAUGAACCUACGACCAAUACUGAUAAACAAAUAUUUAAAAACAGCACGCUUGUUUUGGAUUCCGGAGGACAAUAUUAUGGUGGUACAACGGAAGUGACACGAACCCUCCAUUUUGGUGAACCUACCGAUGAAAUGAAAGAAGCGUAUACACGUGUACUAAUCGGUCUGAUCCAAUUAUCAACGUUGACAUUUCCCAGUAAUAUGAGAAUGGCCGUCGCCGAUGCCAUGGCAAGAGCGUCUCUUUGGGAAGUUGGUUUGGAUUAUCUUCAUGAAACAGGUCACGGCGUUGGUUCAUUUCUUGGAGUACAAGAAUCUCCAAUCAAGGUUCAUUUCAAUUCUGAAGUUAGCGCGCAACAAACUUUCAAGCCCGGCUACUUUUUAUCUGUCGGUCCUGGAUACUACCGAGAUGGAGUAUUUGGUGUACGACUAGAAAAUAUGUUGCAAGUAAUAGAAAAACCUUGGUUAGAACGAACGACUCAUUCUUAUUACGGCUUUAAAACAAUUACAUUUGUACCUUUUGAGCCCAAUUUGAUAAAAUUCUCUUUAUUGUCAGCCCAACAGAAAAAAUGGUUAAACAAUUACAACGAACAAAUACGCCAUCUGGUCGGAGAAGAAUUGAAAAAACGCAGUAGAAUGGAAGGUUUCUAUUGGAUGAUGGAUAAAACUCAAUAUAUUCCAGAGAACCACUCUAAUAUUAUGCUUAACACGCCGUACUUGAUAAUUUUAUUGAAUGUAGUAUCGAUAGCACUUAAUUAUGUUUAAGUAAAAAAGCACGCACGACGUAUUUAAAUUUUCACACAAUUUUAGGUAAUUUUAGCAAAAAAAUAUGUUCACUCUCAUAACUAACUGAUGACUAAUUCAAUGUUGAUUAUACAGCAUAUCUCUGAGAAAACCGGCUAUAGGAUUUCCCUGUUACCAUUUAAACUUAGUCUUUCUACCUGAAUUUUAUUGUUGAUACAUUAAAUAACAAUUCUUUUUGUUCAUAAUUUUUUAUCUUCUUAAUGAUAUUUUAUUAAACGCCAUGAAAUUACAUUUAUUUCGGUUUUUAAAUGAAAAAAAUCAAAUAACUUUAACAAAUGCCAGGUCUGAUUAAUAGCUUGAAACCGUUUUCUUUUUUGUAGCUCAAAAAUUGAUUUGAAAAGUACUAUUUAUUUUAAUGUUCUUAAUUUAGUGUUUAAUAAAAAUUUUGUCAACAAAUACUAUUAAUAAAUUUGUUCAUUUACAAUCCCUUAAAAUAAAAAAUACCACUUAUCUCUCUGAUCGAAUAUUAAAAUAAAAUAAGAAAGUUCCAACGAGAUAAAGCAAAAAAACAUAAAAAAUUAACAAAAUGAAAAUUUAGUCAAGUAGCGUCAAACAGUUUCAUUCAAAAACCAAAAUAAAUGUAAUUUCAAAGUGUUUAAUAAAAUAGCAUCAAGAAGAUAAAAAAAUAUAAACAAAAAAAUUGUUAUUUAAUGUAUCAUCAAUAAAAUUCAGGUAGAAAGACUGACAUGGUAACAUGGGAAAUACUAUGAUAGGUUUUCUGAGAAACAUAUGGUAGUUAGGCAAAAUCGGAGUAGUCUGAAGAAAUAGAAAUUUUAUCCUGAUUAUGUUGAAAAUGAACCAUAAAACAUCAGAUUCUUAUUGGUAAUCCCAGUUAUAACUGCGGGGUCAUCGUGUCAACUGCCACAUUUGUCACUUAUACAAUGGUCAGCUCAUAAGGAUGGAUGAACCAGCCUUAAAAUACAGAUUGGGAUCAGUUGAUAUCGGCUCUUGAAGCUAUAAAAAGUGACAAAAAGCUUUGGUAAAAAAAGAAGUUAUAGGGGCUUUUGGCUCAACUAAAUUGUCUUGAAACGGCCAUAUUAUCAGAAUUUUGAGAAUCUGUGUUAAAAAAAAUUUAGUGGUAGUUUCCAGGCUCUACGAGUAACUCAUCCCUUUCAUAGAAAACAAAAGGGCAUCUUUUUAUUCUUUCGACGCUGAACUGGGGAAAGAAAAUGCUCAGAUGAAUACAGAAGCAUUCAUGACAGUCGCGAGGGAGAAUUGUUGUUACACGAGACGAUUUUAGGAUUAAUACUUUCUUCCGGAUAUGCAACCAAUUUUGGACCGAAUUAAGACACAUAACUUCUCAUGAUGCAAUAACAACCAAUUAUGCAUUUUAUACAAAUUGGAAACAAUAUCUGAACUGGAAGUGACAGAUAACACCAUAAAAUACUUGAUAUUACGGAUGAUCUUCAAGACAAAUGUUUUCUUUUUAAAUAAUUCUUGACGUGUGAAAACAAAAGGUUUAACAGAAGCAUUUUCAUUUACAGAACUAUCAUUACGCAUUUUUCUGUGUAUUGCAGUGCAGAACAUUCGUUUUCCGUUCUUAAAAGAAUAAAAAUUUAUUUACGUUCCCCUAUAAAUGAAAAACAGUUAAGAUAGUAACGUAUCUAUAAAUUAUAACAGUGUCAUUGACAAAAUUGUCAACCAAUUUGUACAUCGCAGAAAAUGUGAAUAUUUGAUAAAUGGAUUUGUAUAGUCUUUUUCCAUUAUCGAAGGAUUUUUUCUUCUCUUUUUCCAGAGCCUGCUACAUUCUAAUGAAGGUUAGCAAUCAUCCGUUGGAAUUCCUCAGUCAUGCGUAUUAGAUUUAUGGCAUCACGUACAUGGAACCAAUUUCGAAGGUUUUUCAACCGUGAAAAUCUUUUUCUACCCAGUUCGCGCCUGCCUUCUAUCUUCCCUUCCAUGAUCAGCUGUAACAAGGCAAAUUUUUGAUUUCUAAAAACGUGGGCAAAGUAGGAAGCUUUCCUUCUCUUUACAAUGGUUAAGAGUUCUCGUUCUCUGUUCAUUCGUCUUAGCACCUCGUCGUUGGUCACCCGAUCCGUCCAUGGUAUUUUAAGGAUCCGUUUAAAGAGUCACACUUCAACAAUUUCCAUCUUACGCAUGCUGGAGACCUUCAAAGCCCAGCUCUCAACACCAUACAGUAGGGUAGUCAAAACAUUGUGUUAUUCUCUAGCGUGUUCUCAGGUUAAGGUCAUUAGGUAUUGAACGUACAAUUGGAACAAUUAUUGCCAAAAUUCAAAGCACCACUGAAAUUAUCAGUAACAAUUUUCGAACAAUUCAAAAGAUUUUCAUUAAUGUUCGGACAUCUCAAAAUAUUCUCCGUAACUGUUGAUGAAACAUUCGAGGAAAUAUCUGAACAGGUACUUGUUGAUACGUGAUUCUUCAAUAUAUCCUUCUGCUACCAUACUCCAUGUCUUUUAAGACAAGUGAGGUCACCGCCACCAUCAAUAAGAAGUGUAGCAGAUGUUCUUCUUAGCGAAUGUCCAAAAUACUCCUUCCAAUUUUCUAACCUCAAAAAUUUUGCAAUUUCUUGCGACGCGGCACUAAUUUUGUGAAUACUUUCCAUUAAAGUACUUUAAAGUACUAUUAAAUAAACAACGUUCCUGUAUAUUGGAUGGCCGUAGUGCAACAUAUUUUCGAAAUAAACGCAAAUAAUUAUCGCCUAUAAUGGUAAACAAACGAGGUUUCUUGUUUUUUGUCUACAAAAUUUUUACGACCAGGACCGAGUCCAUAUCCUCAAUGUCAUCAAUUUUCAAAUGAACUAGUUCGUCACAACGCAUAGCCCCUUUAAUUCCUAUUACUAGAACAACCUUUAUCAUCAAAUAUAAAAUAUUAGGUGCCAUAUCCAAGAACCGAUCCAUUUCCAACUUUGUAAUUUUGAAUAUUUACUAAUAUCCACACCAUUUUUGAUAUCCAGUGUGGAUCGCAACAUUGAAUAUUGUGACCAAAGAGUGGAUGGCUUGACGGUCUUCGUUAAAUUUGAGAAAUACACCAUAAGAACACUUUCCGCAUAGUUUUGCACAUUUUUUUCUUUACACCAAUCAAUAAAUCGCUAAUAUGCAAGUUCAUAAACUUGGCGAGAUUUGGGUGGCAAAAGAUUUAGAUAUACUUUACUGUUUCGGCACUUUCCAAUAUAUCCGCAGGUAUAUUUUCAUCGUGUUCGGGAUUCAUUUUGAAAACAGCGUAAAAACUACUACAAAAAUUAUAUGAUUAGUACGUCUACUGACGUCUACUUGACAAUCGAUAUUUACCAACAAUACCAGAUAUCCAUGACUACUGACUUGCUAUCGCUGUUAUAAUUAAUAGGUGUUCAAAUUUAUUACCAAAUUAUUAACGAUUUUUGAAUAAAACUAACUUUAUUUUAAUUUUGACAUGGUUGGAGAAAAAAUAGUAUAUAUCAUACGGACUAAAAGUGCCUUUUAAUGCUUAUAAUAUAAUAUACUAUAUUAUUUUAUUUAAUUUAAAAGGCGGCAAAUCUAAUCGGCUCAAGGCGUCAAAUUUUAAAAUACGCCACUGCAACAUAAUACACAUGUGACAGUUGAUAAUGCCGUAUGAAGAUAUAAGAAUAGAAUAAACUAUAGAAUAAAUCAUUUGUAAGAUAGCGAAAUAAGGCAACUUAAUAGGCUAUUUUACAGGUUUUUUCUCUUAUACGCCGCAUUAUAUCUAUUCAAACGAAGUAAACUAUAAAAACUAUACAAAGAAGCAAAACUGCUACGAUAAUCUUAGGUAAAUUUGACGUAAAGUUCAGCAGAAUAAACUAAGAGGAAGAGAUCAAAUGUUAGACAACUUAUUUUUUUUAUAUUGUUUGAGGUCGUUCAUAAACUAUGCAAGACUAUAUUUCACUAGUUUGACCCUGCUACUUUUAUCACAGUACCUUACACUUUUUGCGACCCCUGUCCUAUCAAUAUUACGUUACAAAUGAUGGAUUUCGUCAUAAAAAGCUCAUUUAAAUACUAUAAUAUAAUCAUUUAUCAUUUUAAUAUUAAACUUUCAAUAAAGCAAGAAAUAUUCAGAAUUAUCACCAAUAAAUCGUUUUUUUAUUUAAUAUCAGCAGUCCAAGGAGAUUCCAAAUGUCUAAAAUUAGCUUUGAAUUAUUAGUUUCUUUCCAUUUACAUAGAAGUGAGAGAGAGAAAUUAUUUAUUGUUAAAAAAUUGUUACAUAUUGAAGACAAAAAUACAGAUAAAAUAAAAUUUCAAUAUACAGAGACAAUCAGUUAUGUAUCUUAUACUCAGAUACUGCGUAGUGAAUGAAAGGAACGCCUAAUGUGAUUUAAUAUUCUUAAAAACAACUAAAAUUCACCAUUACCAUUGGUGAUCUAAUCGUCUUUUACUCGCAGUACGACAUAAGUACAAGAAUAUUAUUUUUCUACGUCCGUUAUAAUAAGUUUUUUUCCAUUCAUCUGCAUCUAUAAAGAAUGUUAUUUCUGAAUUGGUCAAAAAGCAUUAAAAAAAUAUCGUAGCGAAUUAUAUACUUAAUUUUAUUUAUUAACUUUAUUUUCAAAAAUUUUAUUAACACUAAAACACUAAUUACAAUUUUUAAUUUUACAAAUACCGAAUGAAUCCAAUUAAACUCAAUGAUUGAAUUAACUAAAAUUCAUUAAAAAGUGUUUACAACAAUUGAAAUAAAUGCUGACACAUGUUUACAUAAUACGAUCUUUUUGCGUAUUAGUUUUUAGAAUAUUCUAUAUUUUUCUUCAUGUAACUCCUCCAUCCCACUUUUCUGAUUUCUUAAAAGUUUUCAGUGAUCUGAAGUUACUGUCCCUCGAAGAAAAACGUAGAUAUUCGCGCUUCUGUACUAAGAUACGUAUUCGAGUAUUUCACCGCUCUAUGCCUUAAACUCACGACCGCACGAAUCCUACUCCGAUUGCGCCAAUUAUAUAUUUAACUUUCAAAAAAUUUUAAUAACACAAAAACACAUAUCAUAAUUUUCAAUUUCACAAAUACUGAAUAAAUCUGAAUAAUCUCAAAGAGCCUUUAGUUUUGACGAUUUCAUCGGUUUUAACAUUGUUUCUGAAGGCACUGGUAAAUAUGAUUAGUAACGACAAUGUACGAGGUCUGGCUAUUAAAUAACGAGCCUGGUUACGAAAAAGGGAUACAUUAUAAAAAUUAUUUUACAUUCGUUUGCUCCCCUUCAGAAUACUACCUUCCUCUCGCCGCACACUUUUCCAUACGUUUUUUUCAUUGAUCGAAGCAGUGCUGAGAGUGAGUACCUUCAGGAGCUCUGCCGUUUUUUGCUUUUUCUAACCUUUUAAGGAAAUCUGAGCAGACCCGUUGACGCAAGAGCUUUUGGUCAGUAGUCAGAUUUUUUUGAUACCAACUUUUGUCAUGUGUAAUUCCUCGUGUAAAAUUUUUCUAAUCGUUUUUUUAUCGGCGUUUACAGCCUCGACAAUCAUCCGGAUGCUCAUUCGACGAUCUCCACGCACAAUUUGAUUGAUUUUGGUCACUGUUUCUGGAUUUGAAACAGUCACAGAGUGACCUGGGCGCUGGUCAUCUUCAGUGCUCUCUCGUCCCUCAAUAAAUCGUUUACACCACUCAAAAAUACGCGCACGAGAUACAUAAUUGUCCCAUAGGCUUCUUGCAACAAUUUAUAGCACUAAGUCGAAGUUUUUUUCAAUUUAACGAAAAAUUUGAGAUUGAUAAAUUGCUCCUGUUUUUCGUCACACAUAGUUUUCGACACGAAUAAAAAACACGUUCAUUUCAAACUGCUACUGCACAAAUACUAUAAUAGUAACAGAAAUAUAUUGUGGGACGUGCAUAGACAAGAUGUCUAGAUACAAAACGCACCUCGCCUGUUUAUGGCGCCCUCUAGGCACGAAGUCUCGUUAUUUAAUAGCCAGACCUCGUAUACAUCAAAUUACUAUAUGUACAAAUAACUUUCUAUGGCGAUAAGAAAGUAAAAUUCAAUUAUCAAGACAAAAAAAAUUAAAGAGUUGCUUAAUGAUGUGUGAACACACAUAAGUUCUCUCUUAUCACAAUACCCAUCCCCCUUUCAUGUUAAAGUUAAUUUCUUAUUGAAAGUAAAGUAUUUCACGGUACCUUAUGCCUAGAUUACAAAUCAAUUCAAUAAUGAUUAGUUGGUCGAGAAAAAUAUUUGUUUUUUAUAUAGUUUAUGAUGUAAAUAAAAAAUGACUUAAUACAUAAAUCAAUCAUACAAAUAAAUAUUUAUUUUAUUACAAAAACACCUUAUAAAUAAUUUGUAUACUAAAUAUAUGUUAAUGUAGCUAUGAUUGUUUAUUUUUUAAAUUAAGAUUAUAUUAGUUAGUUAUAGAUACAUAAAAAAAGAAAAUUUAUCUAAAAUCACGUGCAAGAAGAAGGUACUUAUAUACAAAAGAUGGACCAUUCCGUUAUUUAUAUUGCUAGAUAUUUCUUGUGUAUUUUGUACUCAUUUCAUUUUCUAGAUGUGAUUAAUAAAAUAUAUUUAUUUGAG